GGACUUCCCAGUGUCACGCCAAAUGAUGUCCGUCACAAAGUAGUGUAUACAUUUCUGUAAAUCUACUCUUUCGUCUUUUUGUUCUACAACCUGUAUUGUGAAUACUUGUCAUGGACUGUUCGGAGCAGAAAGACACAGAAGCGACGGCGCCUUCAGUUAUCGAGCGAUAUUACACGCGAUGGUUCAGAGCCGAUAUGAAGGGGAAACCGUGUGAGGACCACUGCAUCCUGCAGCAUUCAAACAGACUAUGUGUUGUCACGUUAGCGGAGACUCACCCAAUCCUUCAGAAUGGACGGGCAAUCAAAAGCAUCAAUUACCAGAUCAGCAAUUGCUGCAGUCGGCUGAACAACAAAGUGUCUGGGAAGUCUAAGCGGGGGGGUCAGUUCCUUACUGAUUUCGCACCUCUGUGCAGGAUAACAUGCACGGAUGAAACUGAAUACACAAUCUACAGCUGCAUCCGGGGCCGUCUUCUGGAGGUCAAUGAGAGUAUUUUAGAAACACCUACUCUCCUGCUGGAAAAGCCGUCCACUGAAGGAUACAUUGCCGUCAUCUUGCCAAAGUUUGAGGAGAGCAAGACCAUAACGGAGAACCUUCUGAGCAGAGAGGAGUUCGAGAGCGUUGUCUCCAAACGUGCUGUUGCCCAACCUCAACCAUCAUGACCGAGCGCCACGUUCCUGCCUUAUUUGCGUCAAAAGUAUUCUGACUCUCAUCAGGUUGGGUUAAGACUGAGGACGUUAUCCUUGAGAGUGACACUUGAGUGAGGUCACUUCAAAGAGACUAUUGCAUAUUUCUGUACGUUGUUUCAGGAAGCACCCUGCGUUCAAGUUCUUCAUUUGUUUUUUCUAAUUUGAAAUAGAGGAAAGCAUGAUGAUUUACUUGAAGUCUGUCUGUUUAAUAUCCCCAACUAAUCCGUUUGAAUUAUUUUUCUAGAAUGUCAAUAAAUAUAACCAACAGGGAUUUAAGAAAAAUAGUUUAUUUUGUUUGUGUCACUUUUAUUAACCUUUCAAUUGCCAAAAGAAUAGAUGGUCCAAAACUAGAUCUACGAUUUCUUCACAUCUGUAGCGCAACUACAAUACCCAGCAUCCUUAGCUGCUCUCACACUGUACAGAGCAUCUCUAAAGCUUAAUGUAUGUUAUUCAUCUUAGUCAUCACACCGCACAUCUAGUACCAAAGUAAUUACCUUAGGAUACAUACUGUAUAUAUAUAUUUAUUUAUAGCUAUGCUUCAAGUACCAUAUUAUAGAUACCAUAUACCAUUUACAUAUUGGCCUGUAAGGCAGCUUCACAAUGAUAGUCUUCAUAACAAGUACACUUCAAGGCUCCAUUUGACACCGGUGCCAGUUCAGAAUUAUGUUUCAGUUCUUUUGUUAAAAAAAGAUGUCUGUAUAACUACACACUAUGAUUUAAUAACAGGACAGCAUAAAGAAAGGUCCCGACAACCCAAAAGCAUCCGAGUGAUAAACUUUUAUUUUUAUCACCUGACUUUUUGGAGAAACCGGGCCCAUCCAGUGAUGUAAACUGGAGGUGUAAGAGCUUUAUAUUUCACACUAGUAGCAAGCUGAAGAUCAUAGCUUAUUAAUGAGCACAAUCAUAUUUGGCAUUAAAUUGUGAUUUUGUUACUAACAUGGCUAACAUUCCAUAGCAAACUGUAUGGAAAGUAGUCAUUAAACAUAUGGUGUGGUUGACUUUUUAAAUACUUAUUUAUCCAAGUGAGAUGAAUAGAAUGCCAGGACACAGUGUACCACUAUAUCUAAUAUUACAGAGAAAGUGUUAACAUUACAAGCCUAUGACACGACCACAAAAGACUCAAACA